AUGCCGCUCAUCAAUGAAGCACCGUACUCCCCGGAUGACAUCCCCGAUCACCCACAAUGCGCGCCGCAGCCGUUGAAGAUCAUCCACGUCGGCGCGGGUGCCUCUGGUCUGUUGUUCGCGCACAAGGCGGAGAGGUUGCUGAAGAACUACGACUUGACCUGUUACGAGAAGAACGAUUCCAUUGGAGGCACGUGGUAUGAGAACAGAUACCCUGGCUGUGCGUGCGACAUCCCUGCGCACACGUACACGUUCCCCUUUGAGCCGAACACCGAGUGGAGCGGCUACUACAGCGGAAGUGACGAGAUCCAGGAGUAUUUCGUGCGGUUUGCGAAAAAGUACGGCGUCGAGAAGUACGUCCAGCUCAACACCGAAGUCGUCGCCGCCACGUGGGACGAGACCAACUCGAACUGGACCGUCGAUCUGAAGCGCAAGGACGGCAGCACCUUCACAGACACCUGCGACGUCCUCAUCAACGGUGCCGGCGUGGUCAACAGGUGGAAGUGGCCGACCAUCGAGGGGCUGCAUGACUUCAAGGGCCUGUUGUUGCAUUCGGCCGCGUGGGACAGAAGUAUUGACUGGGCGGGCAAAACCGUCGCCGUCAUUGGCACAGGCUCGAGCUCGAUCCAGAUGACGUACAUCGCCACGCCGUUUCUGUCCACGUCCAACAAGGAAGCCGACCCUGACGCCGCGGACCCCGGCACCGCAGGCAAGCACUUGUACACGGAGAAGGAAAAGCAAAAGUUCCGAGACGACCCGGACUACCAUCUCAAGUACCGCGAGGACGUGGAGCGGUCGGUGGCCAGCAUCUUCCGCAUGUACCUGCGCGGGACCGAGCAGAACCUCGCUGCGAAGAAGUUGCUGCAGGAAGACAUGGCGAGGAAACUCGGCGACCGCGAGGACCUCAAGCAGAAGUUCAUCCCUGCGUGGAGCCCCGGCUGUCGUCGACUGACGCCCGGAGAGGGCUACCUCGAGGCACUGGUGCGCGACAACGUCACCUGCGUCUUCGAGGACAUUGUCAAGGUCACCCCUGAGGGCGUUGUUACUAGUGACGGCAGGGAGCACAAGGUCGAUAUUUUGGUGUGUGCCACGGGGUUUUUUGUCCAGUAUCAACCGCACUUCCGCAUCACAGGCCUCAGUGGCCAGGUCAUGCAAGACCAGAAGCAACCCAACGUGUACGCCUCGAUCGCCGCCCCCGGCUUUCCCAACUACUUUGUGGUCAACGGGCCCCGAGGCAACUGGGGACAGGGCUGCGCAUUCCCCAGCCACGAGGUGCAGGCCGAGUAUAUCCUCCAGUGCUGUCAGAAGUUGCAAGAGGAUGGAAUCCGCUGGAUGGCGCCCAAGCAGGACCUCACGACCCAAUUGAACCUGUACAUGGACGCAUGGCACAAGAAGUAUAGCGUGUGGGCCGAGGACUGCAAGAGUUGGUACAAGGACAACAAACCCGACGGCCGCGUGUACAUCUGGCCAGGCAGUCUGCACCACCACCUCAAGUUCCUGAAGCGCCCGCAUUACGAGCAUUACGACCUGCAGUACAAGGACCCGGGCAACGUCUUUGCCUUCCUGGGUAAUGGGCUCACCAUCACAGAGACAAAGUACGGACCCAAGGACAUGCCGGUCCCGUACAUCAGAAACAGCGAGAACGUCGAGUGGGAUAUCGAGUAG